AAACCACGUGACUACAGUCAUGUUGUGAAAUGAGGAAGUGUCUGCUGCUGAAGCUUCUGCUCCAUAAAGUAUAACAUGAAGCACCAAACAUGACUGUCUACUCUUUUUAUUUUCUCAGUCUGAGCUGUUUCUUGGUUUUGAUCAGUUCUCAGAAUACCAAUGGAAGAAGAGUCUGGCCUGUUCCUUACAGGCGAUUUGACCGUCGUCCUCCCUCUGACGCUUACUGCCAAGCACUUUACCCGUUUUGCCCGACUGGAGACCCGGAUGGUCGCAUCCCCAACAUGAAAGACAGCGACGUGAUUUCUGUGUUUAGGCUUCAAACUCCUGUGUGGGAAUUUAAAUACGGAGACCUUUUGGGGAAAUUUCAUAUAAUGCACGAUGCCAUUGGAUUUGCCAGCUCAGAUACUGGAAGAAACUAUACUAUGGAAUGGUACGAGCUUUUCCAGCUUGGAAACUGCACUUUCCCCCAUGUGAGAGAGGACAUACUGCCUCCUUUUUGGUGCAAUCAGGGUGCCGCAUGCUUCUUUGAAGGAAUCGAUGAUGUGCACUGGAAACAGAAUGGGACCCUGGAGAAAGUGGGAGAGAUUUCUGGUGAACAGUUUAACAAUCUGGCACGGUGGGUUAAAGAGGACAACGAGACCGGUAUUUAUUAUGAGACGUGGACUGUGCGAUCAGACCCAGGACCCAACUCAACUACAUGGUUCGACUCGUACGACUGUUCACAGUUUGUACACCGCACAUACAGGAAAUUGGCCAAACUUGGAGCCAAGCUUUCAAGCAAAACACAGACAAACUACACCAAAAUCUACCUGUACAGCGGUGAACCUACCUACCUUGGAGAUGAUGGCAGCAUCUUUGAUAAUCCACCAUUGAAAACUCUAGCCAAAGAUAUCAGAAAGUUUUACCAUUCUUUUCAGCCUCACCAGUCAAUGUUUCAGUUCAUCCUCAGCCUGAUAGAGGCUUAUGAAAAAGUUGUGCUAGAGAAAACUUUCUAUUUCUUUUACAACUUUGAGUACUGGCACUUGCCAAUGAAGUCACCUUACAUCCAGAUUACAUAUGAAGAAGUGCCCCUGCCAUGAUGAAGGUGGCCCUUGUAAAUGUCUUAUAACAGCUUUGCACAUAAAAAGGUUGACCUGUGUUACCUGUAAUUGGAGUAAAUGUUUAAUUCAACAGGUUGAGCUUUGCUGGAGGUGGAUUACAAUAAAGUCUAGUGUCCUGUCUUCAGUAGCACAGCCUUGUUAAAGGAUGGUUGGAAACUUGAUUCAUUUUCUAUAAAAGCAUUUUCUAUUAUACAACAGUUUUAAAUUAAUUUGCAGAAAUAAUACAAAAUCAUUAUUUCUGUAGCAAUAAAUUACACAGGGCCUUGUAUGGAGGACAUUCCAUGUAAACAGAUUAUUUUAAAUGUCAGUAUUGAGAGUUUUAUUUAGCAGUUUUGCUAUGAGUCUCCACUGUCAUUGCUUUGUAACAUUCAGGAAGUUUUCUAACUCAGGCUGUGUGUUUGUUGAGGGAACAAAGUGGAUGAUAACAGAAAAUAAACCUGUGUCACAGAUAUUUUGAACCAUUAAAUGUAACUACAAAAACAGUAAAA